UGUGUUGUAAUGACCAGAAGCGCAGCGCGGCAGGACGACGACGCAGAAGCACCAAAGGAAACCAGAACGCACGGGAAGUACCACGGGGUGCCAAAACUUUCACACCAAAGACACCGAGAGAGAGAGAGAGAGAGAGAGAGAUGAAACUGGAACGUGCUUGAUUAUAUGAUAUUUUAUCUCAUUUAUUUUCCGCAUGGUGCCUGGAGGAGGAAGGCGGAAAGUCGCCCCUGUGAGAUGCUGAAAUGUGGAAUUGAUUCGUCUUUUUAAAUUUUUUUUUAUUUAUUCUAAUGGACCAAAAAAAACCCCACAAUGAAAUGCACUUUUCUACAGGCGUGAAGAGAUCCACAAAACAAAACAAGUCAGGAAGCACAGGAUAAAAAAAAAAAAUAAUAAUAAGGCAGCACGACUUUACGCUAAUUAAAACGGAAACACCAAAUUCGGAUUUAUUUUAAUUUGUUAAAUAAUUCCGCAUUUAGGAUUAAUUCGGUUCAAGAUAAAUCAUUAAAGUCUGUAGAUCUGCGCUCGAGCGCUUCUGGUGGGGCCGAGGGAGGCCACGCGCGUGCAAACCUGCAACCGGAGGGGUCAUCGGUGAGAUGACAGAGAUGGAGCACGACCCUUUCCGAUUGAUAUCCUGCGCGAGGAUGCGAUACUAACGCUUAAAAAAAAACAAACAACAACACGGAUGCAAUAUUCGGUGCAUGCGUUCGGGUCGCGUGCACGCUCCGGGACGUUGCUGUGGUGGAUCUCGUCGUCGCUGCCGCUUCUGCUGCUGUUCAGCGCCAUGGGCUGCAUCCAGAGCCUCAGGUGCAAGCCGAAGAGUUUCCGCGAGAGCGUCGCCGUGCUCGAGGUGACCACCUCCAUCGACCCGAACCCCACCAGCAUCGACGAGUCCUCCAGCGUGGUGCUGCGCUACCGGACGCCGCACUUCCGCGCCACCGCGCGCGUCCUCGUGCCCCCAGUGUCCGCCAAGGAGACGUGGACGGUGGGCUGGAUCCAGGCGUGCAACCACAUGGAGUUUUACAACCGAUACGGAGCCGAGGGCAUGUCGAGCUGGGAGCUUCCGGAUCUCCGCGACGGUAAAAUCCAAGCCAUCAGCGACUCGGACGGCGUGAACUAUCCCUGGUACGGCAACACCACGGAGACCUGCACCCUCGUGGGUCCUACCAAGAAAGACACCAAGUUCACCGUCAGCAUGAACGACAACUUCUACCCGAGCGUGACGUGGGGCGUGCCGGUGAGCGAGAGCAACGUGCCGAUGCUGAGCAACAUCUGGAGGGACCAGAGCUUCACCACGUGGCUGGUUGCCAUCAACCAGGCGUCGGGAGAGACGGUGGUGCUGCGGACAGUGCGCUGGCGCAUGCGGCUGCACAUCGAGGUGGAUCCGGACAAACCGCUGGGGAAGCGAGCCAAGCUUCUGGAACCCGUCGAUCAGGAGCAGCCUCGACUGCUGGGCAAAAACGAGCCGAUCCCGCCCAACGCCAUGGUCAAACCCAACGCCAACGACGCACAAGUCCUCAUGUGGAGGCCCAGGACUGGAGAUCCAGUGGUGGUCAUCCCUCCCAAAUACUGAUUACAGUUUUUGAUUAUUU